AUGAUUUGUUUGUUUUCCUUACUUUCGCUCGUCAGAGCAGAGGGUGACGAAGAGGUAGGAACAGUCAUUGGUAUUGAUCUUGGUACUACCUUUUCCUGUGUUGGCGUAUUCCAAAAAGGAAAAGUAGACAUAAUUGCAAACGAAGUUGGUAAUAGAAUUACUCCAUCUAUCGUUUCUUUCAACGAUGGACAGCGCUACGUCGGCGAUUCUGCUGUUCCACAAUUAAUUUCAAAUCCAACAAAUACAAUUUAUGCAGUUAAAAGACUUAUUGGUCGCAGAUAUGAUGAUCCUGAAGUUCAAAGUGAAAUUCCACGUCUUCCAUACCAAGUUAUUGAUAAAGAUAAUCGUCCUUAUAUCCGUGUUACAGUUAAAGAAGGCCAAACAAAGGAUUUAUCUCCAGAAGAGAUUUCAGCCAUGGUUCUUGCCAAAAUGAAGACAGUUGCUGAAGACUAUCUUGGCAAGACAAUCAAGAGUGCAGUCGUUACAGUUCCAGCUUAUUUCUCUGAUGCCCAGCGUAAAGCAACUAAAGAUGCAGGUGCCAUUGCUGGUUUAGACGUCAAGAGAAUCAUCAACGAGCCAACAGCAGCUGCUAUUGCAUACGGUCUUGAUAAGAAAGACAACCACAAGAUUCUUGUUUUCGAUCUUGGUGGUGGCACAUUCGAUGUAUCAUUACUUUCCAUUGAGGAUUCAUUCUUCGAGGUUCUUGCUACAGCUGGUGAUACCCAUCUCGGUGGAGAAGACUUUGAUAACCGUAUUGUUGAUCAUUUCCUCGAAGUCUUCCAACGCAGGACAGGAAAAGAUGCUUCCAAGGAUCCCAAAGCCCGUGCCAAGCUGAAACGUGAAGCAGAAAAAGCCAAACGCGCAUUAUCUUAUUCUCAUCAAACUACACUCGAAAUCGAGAACUUCUUCGACGGCGAAGAUCUUUCUGAGACCUUCAACCGUGCCCGUUUCGAAGAACUCAACCUCGAUCUCUUCCGUAAAACAAUGGAACCAGUAUCUCGUGUUCUCCAAGACGCCGGCGUCUCCAAACAUGAAGUAGAUGAAAUUGUCUUGGUCGGUGGCUCAACACGUUUACCAAAAAUCCAACAAUUAGUCAAAGAUUUCUUCAACGGCAAACAACCAUGCAAAUCAAUCAAUCCAGAUGAAGCUGUCGCAUACGGUGCUGCUGUAGAAGGCGGCGUAUUAUCAGAUGACCCAGAAGCCCAAGAAAUCAUUAUUAUUAACGUCAAUUCUCUUACAUUAGGUGUAGAAACCUUUGGCGGAGUCAUGGCCGAGCUCAUCCCCAGAAACACACGUAUUCCUGUCAAGAAGACCCAGACAUUCGUUACAUCACAAGAUGACCAAGAAUACGUCAGAAUCCAGAUCUUCGAAGGCGAGCGACCAAUGACACGCGACAACCACUUCCUCGGCGCUUUCGAUCUCACAGGACUACCUCCUGGACCAAGAGGAUCAGUUCAAGUUUUUGUCACUUUUGAACUUGACCAAAACAACAUUUUGAAAGUUACAGCCGAAGACAGACAGUCCAACAACAAGGAGUCCAUCACUAUCAAUGCCCAGGAAGCAAGACUGAGCGAGGAAGAGCGUGAAGAAGCCAUCAGAAACGCAGAACAAUGGGCAGCAGAAGAUGAAAAGACUAAAUCAUCAGUUCAAGCAAGAAACAACUUGGAGAUGCUUGUUUACAACGCGAAGAACGCAUUGGCUAAGGAUGACGUUAAGGAUAAACUCACCGAAACAGAGAGGAAGGAGAUCAAGAAGGUCAUCAGAGAAACAUUGGAGUGGAUUGAAGCAAAUCCAGAUGAAGAUUCCGAAGUUUACGAAGAAAAGUUGAAGGAAAUUAGAUCUGUUUUGUCUCCUGCUAUUAGACAGAAUGAGAUUCCAAAGCAGAAGAUUGAUGUUCAAUCUGAUGAUGAUGACUCUGAUAGUGACAGUGAUGACGGAGAAUUUGGUGAACUGUAA